AUGAACUCUCAAACUCAAGAUACAAAUCGUGAGGAUUGGUUAUUAUGGCAAUUCGCUGAUUCUGCGUUGCCGACUGGAGGUUUUGUAGCUUCUGCUGGAUUGGAGUCUGCAACACAAGCGGGGCAUGUUACAAAUAUUGAGUCUUUAUUAUUGUUUUUAAGUAGUAGUAUUGAAAAUUAUGCAUAUAGUUCGUUACCGUUUGUUACCGACACUUGGUGGGCCGUCGAAAUAGAAAGCUCGGAUGAUGAAAUUUUGAAUUAUAAAGAAAAUGAUUCUAUGAAUGUUAUAGAUAAAAUUAUGGAAAAAAUCAUAAAUUUAGAUGAUUUAUAUGAUGCUUAUACAUCAAAUUAUGUUACAAAACGAGCUUCAAAAGCUCAAGGUGUUGCUAUGUUAACAUUGUUUACUAAAUCUUUUGCCGAUAAUGACAGUAAAACCAAAAUGAAAGAUCUUGUGAUAGAAAAAUUUAAGCUUAGAGUUAGAAAAGAAAUUUCAUGUGGACACCUACCAAUUUGUUUUGGACUAGUUACAAAGUGUCUUGGAAUUAGUUUGGAGCGGACGCAACAUCUUUACUUGUUUCUAUUUGCUCGUGCCAUUUUAUCAGCUGCAGUUCGAUUAAAUAUUAUUGGCCCAUAUUACUCUCAAAGGCUGUUAACAGAAUGCCAAGUAUAUGUUGAAAAAUCAUUGGAAAAAACUUGUAAAUUAAACAGUAAAGCGGCUGUACAAACGUCACCAUUGUUAGAUAUCUUGCAAGGAAGACAUGAUAAAUUGUAUUCUAGAUUGUUUAAUAGUUAA